CCCUGCCCGCGCCGGGGCGGGGCGGGGCAGUGGCCUUGAAUCACCGGCGGGUGCCCGGCGGCUGGCCUCCAGCAGGGCAUUUAAAUGCCAGCCGGGACUCAGCCCGAAGUAGCGCCAGCCGCCGCUGCCGCCGCGGGAACCAAGCAAGAGCCGGCCCGACCGCGCGCCUCCGGCUCCGAGAGAAGAACCCGCGCGGUCGCCUCCCGCACUAGCAGCCAACCAGCCAAUCGAGUCCCCGGCCGGCCGGCGGCUCUUGCUUCGCCCUCGCCGCCUCUCCCUCAGCAGCCAUGCGGGCCAUCCCCGCGCCGGGCAUCCGCUUCCUCCGCUCCUUCUCCAGGGACAGCUGGUACCGGGGAUUGAUUCUGGUGCUAACAUUCCUGUGCUACACUACUUUUCAUCUCUCACGGAAGCCCAUUAGCAUUGUAAAGAGCGAACUGCAUUAUAACUGUUCUUCACUGGGAUCCAGGCCAAACAAUGUGUCCAACAGCACCACUUGGUGUGACUGGAAGCCCUUCGAUCAGGAUAACUACAAGGAGCUAUUUGGAGCCCUGGACAAUGCUUUCUUGGUGGCUUAUGCAAUUGGGAUGUAUAUCAGUGGGAUUUUCGGCGAGCGACUUCCUCUGCGCUACUACCUCUCCGGAGGCAUGUUGCUCAGUGGCUUAUUUACUGCCUUAUUUGGACUGGGCUACUACUGGAAUAUCCACCAGUUAUGGUACUUCAUAUUGGUACAGAUCCUGAACGGCUUGGCUCAGACAACUGGAUGGCCUUCGGUGGUGACGUGUGUCGGCAACUGGUUUGGAAAGGGGAAGCGAGGCUUAAUCAUGGGCAUCUGGAAUUCACACACGUCUGUCGGAAAUAUAUUGGGGUCCUUGAUUGCUGGCAUCUGGGUUUCAACAGCGUGGGGACUGUCCUUCAUUGUACCUGGAAUCAUUAUAGCCUUGAUGGGUGUUAUUUGCUUCCUGUUCCUCAUUGAAUAUCCAGAAGAUGUUGACUGCAGCCCUCCUCUUCACCAUGAAACCAGUUCAGAUGAGAAAGGUCUGGAGGCAGGACACUCCAUCAGUGAUGGGAGCCUAAAUGUUUCUACCAACAGCCGAGAGAACAUCAUUGACAUUGCGGAACACGCCAAAGAUUCUGGGGAAGACCGAGAAGCCAUCAGCUUCGUUGAUGCCCUGAAGAUACCUGGAGUGAUCGAAUUUUCCUUCUGCCUUUUGUUUGCCAAACUAGUCAGCUACACCUUUCUCUAUUGGCUGCCUCUCUACAUCGUGAACGUUGCCCGCUUAAGUGCAAAAGAAGCUGGAGAUAUGUCAACUCUGUUUGAUGUUGGCGGCAUUAUUGGGGGCAUCAUGGCUGGUCUUAUCUCAGACUACACUGGUGGCAGGGCCACCACUUGCUGUGCAAUGCUUAUCCUGGCAGCUCCCAUGCUCUUUUUGUACAACUAUGUUGGCCAAAAUGGACUAGGUACAUCCAUAGUAAUGCUCAUUAUCUGUGGUGCCCUUGUCAAUGGACCCUAUGCUCUCAUUACAACUGCUGUUUCAGCUGAUUUGGGUACUCAUGAAAGUCUCCAGGGAAACGCAAAAGCUCUCUCCACAGUCACAGCCAUCAUUGAUGGAACAGGAUCUGUGGGUGCUGCCCUUGGGCCUUUGUUAGCAGGUUUGAUCUCCAGCUCUGGUUGGGAUAAUGUCUUCUACAUGUUGAUUUCAGCCGAUGUUUUGGCGUGUCUGCUCCUUUCACGAGUGGUAUUCAAAGAAAUUCGAGGUUGGUGUGGAUUCUAUAGAAGAAAAAGAGGGUCAAUCACCAUUUUUUGAACAGUCAUGCUCUGGGGCCAUAAAUCCCGCUUUAAAGAAUUUUGAUACGGUCUGCAUUGGCCAUAGGAGCCCAUCAAGGCAAGAAGGAAGGACAAUGCCAAGGGUUUGCUGCCCCCACCCACACAGCUCAUGUGGGAGGAAUUUAUGACGCUCCAAUGUACUCCAGAGACAAAACUCUCCUACAAAAAGCUAGCCAGGUCAAUCAGUGGCUACACUUUUGGUUUUUAAAAUGAUUGACGGUGGAAAACAGGGGAAAAAAUACAAGGAGAAAAAAGAAUGGACGUAUUUACGAUCCAGGUUCGGUCCCCAAGGCCUUUGUUUUUCAGAUGCCAGAUGCAUUCCAUUUUAUUUUUUCUAUUUUUUUUUAAACUAUUAAAAACAGAACCGAUGCAGGGCUCAUUUCUCCACCUGGAGGAAGAAAUGCUUUUGGUUCUCUUGUAAUUGCUGCUUCUUUCAGAGUCCUCUUUGUCAUUUCUGGAGAUGUUUUUAUUUUAUGCAAAACCACUGCCAAGUCUUUAAUUUGAAUUAGAAGAACGAGAAAAGAGGUUUCCUCUGAAGCCAAACUCUUUUUUUUUUUAAUACUAAAAGUUGUAUGUUAAUGACAGCUGUUUCUACUGCAAGGACAUGAAGCUCGAUGUAAAAUAAUACCACGAGCAGAGGCCACCCCAUGGGGGCCUGAAAAUGGCGCUAAUCGCCCAUAAACCAUCCUUAAACUCAGAAAGCAAAACUCGUGUUCUAGCGGGGAAUCACAUUUGGGUGGGAAAGGCUAGUGAGUUGCAGAAAGUGAGACACAGCAAGCAUUUUUUGGGGGGGGGGGUCAAACCUGCAGAUAUAAGGGACAUCACGGAAGGAGGAAAUAACAAGCCACUUCCACAACUCUGCCAGAAGAGCAAAUCAUCCCGUUGUCUAUUCCUGCUUUACGUCUCCUACAAUCCUUGAAAUAUCUUCAAUUGGAAAGUCAAUGGGAGGCUAAGGCAAUGCUUUCUUCUUACUGAAAGAUCUGGGAGGCUCCUUUAGAAGAAAUAUUGAAUAUUUCAACCUCGCCUGCUUGCAAUUGAUCAGUUGCGAUUGAGCAAGUGUGAUCAAGACGUCUUGGACCAACUGGAUCUAAUUUGGACAGACAGGAGUGAAAACCACCCAUCUUCACUGAGCCCGACUUGUGCAUCUACAUCUCUUUUUUUCAUAUCUCACACCAAAAUAAGAGAACUGCUGCUCUUGAUGCGUGCAACACGGCCUACAUGUACUUUGCUGUAAGUCCUGUUUACCUCGGGGCGCAUAAUGCUGGUGUGUGUCAAAGUAUUCACAUUGGAUGUUUGGAAGAAUAGUCAGAUCAGCAGAAUGGAGGUUUCGUUAUGAUCUGGGAUAUACUAAGUUCCUCUGAGUUUGCUGAAGGUGGCCUCCAGGCUAAAACACCUGUCUCCAGAUCAUCCAUUGCAAGAGACUCUUUAAGAGUUAGGUGUGAAGGAAUGCAAGGAUUAGGUCUCUAUAGAGCCCCUGUUCUGCUUUUGCUAAACCAUGUCAUCUAAUGUUAUGGAAAAGAGUUUUUCUUCCGCGGAAUUAAAUUGGGAAUUGAUACAGGGUGCUUUCAUUUAACUGAGUUAUGAAUUGGCCAGGGAUGUAUUCCUUAAGUACAGUCGUUGUAUUCUCAGCGGGCUGCAGUUUCUAUUGCAUCUCUUUCUUUAAGUUCUCCCCUCCAUCUCUCUGAUUUACCCCAAAUCAUAACAGAAGGCCUCGUGAAGGGAACGUCAUCCUCCCUUCUAAAUUAGGGUGGGUUUUUUUUUUUUCCAUAUUAGAGAGUGAAGUUAACCAAGCAAGCUGCAAAGGGAUCACAAGAGCAGUGUCUGGUAUAAUUCAGAAGAGAAUAAGUUCAACAAUGCCAAGUCAAAUUGGAAAGUAUUUCAGCCCGAUAAGAAAUAUCAUGAACUCCACUAGGCAAAGGUUUAUGUCGUAACAACUCUGAUAGGCUUUAGAUCAGAGGUAUCCAACCUUAGCAACUUUAAGCCCUGUGGGCGUCAACUCCCAGCUAGGUAUGGGGGAAUUUUGGGAACUGAAGUCCACAGGUCUUAAAAGUUGCCAAGGUUGGACACCCCUGCUUUAGAUUAAUACAAAGUUCUGGAUAGUUUAUGUAAUGUUUACCAUCUUGUAUGUAGAUGAACUUGCUAGCGAUGAAAUCUUGUGAUGUACUAGUUCCAUUCAUGUAGCAAGUAAAGACUCAACAUAAAUUUUAUUUAUACCGUAACCUACUUUGUUCAGGUUUGCUGUGGUACAAGACUAAUGGCCAACCCCUAAAGUACUCAUUCCUUAACUUGUCUGUGUAUUUCAAUUUUUAAUCUUGGUGGUCUGAUUCAUAGAUUAUACCAAGCCUGUCAUUUACUUGGUUUGGAUACAGCAUUUUGAGUGAAUUCAGAUAUAUUGCUUUAUUAAGCCUGAUUCCACAAGGAAUGAAGAGGAGAUAGAAGAAGAGGGCCACAAAGACCUUUACUGUUAAUAUGUAAUUUAUUUAAAGCAAAUGUGCUAAAUAAAAAAUGGACCAUCGGAGUUCUCUGGUAUCUGAGGAAAAACUAUUCAGUUUGGAGCAGAAAAACAUUCAUUGAAUUGUGUUAUAUUUCCACUAACUUCUGGUUCAAAAAAAGUGUGCCAGGAAGGACGUUUUGGAACUGAAGGAUCCUUCCAAAUUUUGACCCAGGAGAAAAUGAUAUUAAAAAAAAAAAAA